AUGGGCCUCUUCUCCUUCCUCUCCUCUCGGCGCCCAACCGCGGCGAGCUACAUCCCGCUGCCCACCCUCGCCUCCUCCUCGUCCUCCUUCGGCUCGCCCUCGCCGCCCUCCUCCCCGCGCCCGCGCCCGCGCUCCGGCUCUCUAACCCUCCCACUGGCCCACUCUCCCGCCGCGCGCUCGUCCCUCAACCUCUCGCCCAGCAGCCGACGCACCCUCGUCCGCAUCCUCGUCCACCUCUCCCCCUUCCGCCUCGUCGUCCUCGCCGUCUUCCUCCUCACCGCCGGCCACUGGUACUCCAUCUCCUCCUCUUCCUCCUCCGCUUCGCCGAGCACAUCGCCCACAAACGAGGAACUGGCGACGCUCAUAGCGGACGACAAAUGGCACAAGGUGUUCGAGGACCAGAGCCCCGGCCAGGGCGACACGCGCGUGCUACCUAUGCGGGUCUACGACCGGAUGUCCGAUGCGUGUGUGAAGGAGUGGGUGAUCACCCACCGUUGGGGGGCUGCUUGUCGUGGGACGGAUCUCAGCGAAGGGUACGCCGUCGACGGCGUAUGGGCCUGGGUCAAUGGCUCUGACCCAGCACAGGUAGCGUCAAGAAGAGCAUACAAGCCCACUGGCACGCCUCUCAAGAUAGAUGCAGACCACCGAUACGCAGAUCAUAACGAGCUUCUAUACUCGAUGCGCUCCUUCCUAGCCUCUGUAGGCCCCUCCGUGUUACAAAGGUUACACAUAUUAGCUAGCGCCUAUCCUCUCGACGAACAAAAAGUCGGCGACGGCACGAAGAUGGUCGGCCAGAUACCAGCCUGGCUAUCGAAACCCGCAAGCGUACGCACCGACGAAGGUCCCAUCAUCCUCCACCACGACUCCUCCUACUUCCAGCCCCUCCCGAUCCCUCCAAACACCUCCAUGUCGGGCGAAGAAGUCGACGCCUGGCGGCAUGCCACUCUCCCCUCUUUCAACUCGCUCGCCGUCGAGUCUCAGCUUCCCAACACGCCUGCGCCCCUCUCCGACACGCUCGUCUACCUCAACGACGACUUCAUCACCCUCCGGCCGAACACGCCCGCGGACUACACCUCCCCGCUCUUUGGCCCUCUGCUGCGCUCGCUCACGGACCUCUCCUCGCUCUACCUGCCCUCCGAGUAUCCGUUCCAAAGGCUGUGGAAUCCCGCCGGGGAGGAGGUCGGGAUCAAGCGCGCGGCGUGGGUGCUCGGCCGGCGCUUCGGGAUGCGCAAGGUGCCGUACAUCCAACACCACCCGCGCACGCUCGUCAGGCCCUUGCUCCGCGAGGCCGCGCUCGCGUUUCCCGGCGCGUUCGGCGACACGGCGAAGGCGCGGUACAGGGCGCAGCAGGACGUGCCCCCGAGCGUGCAGCCGUUCGCGCUCGCGAGCUGGUUCGUCGUCCAGCGCCACCGCGAGGCGCUCCUGUGGACGUGGGCCGUCGCCAAGCACGGCGGCCUGUCCGGCACGCUCACCCCGGAGAUCAAGGACGCGAUGUGGGCCGACGUCGUCGGCGCGGGCGAGCGCGACGCGGGCGCGAGCAGCUUCGCGGUGAAGGCGCCCGCGCGCGAGCCGGUCGAGAACACGGGCGCGUUCGUGCGCGCGGCCGAGGGCGGGCCCGGGGUGCACCCGCCGCUGAACGCGCAGUACUCGUUCAGCGCGAAGGACGGGUACGCGCUGCAUUACGUCGAUCGGCUGUGGUGGUGGGAUCUGCCGCGCUCGGGAUACCCGGACCUGACGCGCGCGGUGUCCCCCGUGUACGCGAGCUCGGGAUCGAGGAAGCCGGAGAGGAACGCGGACGGCUCGAUCCGGUACAAGGUGGACGAGGGCAAGCGGCUCCGGCUCUGCACGCUCUCGCGCUCGACGUGCCUCAAGCCGGGCGUGGAGGAGCCGGCGGAGGAGCUGUUCAAGCGGAUCGCGUUCGAGCGCGCGUCGGACUGCGGCGACUGCGCGAUCGCGGCGCUCGUCGGCGCGAGCGGGCUGAGCGGGAUCGAGGCGUUCAUGCCGCGCGAGGGCGCCGUCGUCCCGAGCGGGUACGUCGCGCACCGCGAGGCCGAGUUCGGCGCGGUGAGGAGGGUGGAGAGCAGGGUCGCGCAUCUGCCGGUGACGAGCGAGUGGAGGGAGACCGAUUUCAGGCUCGGGGCCGUGCUGGCGCAGGCGGGCUACGGCGGGCCGCGGUACGGGGGAGGCGAAGGGGGGGAGGAGAGCGAAGGGGAGGAGAUCGAUCUGCGGGCGUGGACGGCGCGGCUCGUGCAGCGGUACCAGUACGUGAUGGGCUCCGCGCCCGCGGAGCUCUUCAAGCUCAUGUACCCGGACAAGGUCCGCGCGCGCCUCGACCGCGCGUCGAAGGAGAUGAAGGGGCAGGCGGACGGCGCGCCCGACGGUGGAUUGACGUUCUUGUGCCUGAACGACGAUAUCGUGAAGGGCAGGAAGGAGAUCGACGGGAUGUUGAGGGCGUGGUUUGAGGAGCACUGGCCGGAGAGGAUGAGCGACGAGGUGGAGGAGGUGUAUUAG